GAUGUAGGAGUGUGUGGCGAGCCAUAUUGCUCCGUGUACUCUCAUAGUCAGCACAGACGGAAGUUGAAGCAGGUAAUGAAACUGUCAAGUUUACAAGUAGCUGUAUUUCCGCCACUAUUAACGAAUUACGAACGCGUCUCGCGUGAAGCCGACACUUCCGAAAUCACUCAAUGAAAUCCUGCCAGCUGCUACUUUUGAUGCAACUCUGGGAUUAUUUGGAUCCAUGUCAGAAAGAAACGCAAGAAACCUCAUCGGCGGCAGAUUCUCCCUGAACCUCACCUGUUCAUAAAGCAGCCACGUUCCUCACCACGGAAGAAGUUUUACACGUAGGCGUAUUUUGUUUAGAAGCAAGUUGGAUUUACCGUAAAGCCACGGGCCAGUAUGAGCUGGAACUGACACGGCUGAAGUUUAUUCGUACGUCGUAUAUUUCACGGGGGGAGAGGCUCCUCAGGGACCGCAGCCAGGAAGCGGAUUCAACGUUAACUGCGGCAGCAGUUUAGCAUGACAGGGAUGACGGCCAGUACAACAAACUACCUGUGGUCUUUACAAGACGUCCUCGGUCAAGGGGCGACUGCCAGUGUCUACAAGGCACGCAACAAGAGGUUGGGUGAGCUGGUCGCUGUCAAAGUGUUCAACACAGUGAGCUACAACCGCCCCCAUGAGGUCCAGAUGAGAGAGUUUGAGAUGCUGAGGAAGCUCAACCACGGCAAUAUUGUCAGGCUGUAUGCUGUGGAAGAGCUGCCCUCCAAACAGAAGGUGCUGGUGAUGGAGUAUUGUUCAGGAGGAAGUCUACUUAGCCUACUCGAGGAGUCAGAAAACGCCUUUGGUUUGCCUGAAACAGAAUUCCUCACAGUUUUGCAGUGUGUUGUGCAGGGGAUGAACCACCUGCGAGAAAAGGGAGUUGUACACCGGGACAUUAAGCCAGGCAACAUAAUGCGGAAGGUUGGUGAGGACGGCAAGUCUGUUUAUAAGCUGACAGAUUUUGGAGCAGCAAGAGAGCUGGAAGAUGAUGAGAAGUUUAUGUCUAUCUACGGAACAGAAGAGUAUCUGCACCCAGACAUGUAUGAACGUGCUGUGCUACGUAAGCCUCAUCAGAAAUCCUAUGGAGUGAGUGUAGACCUGUGGAGUAUUGGUGUGACAUUUUACCAUGCUGCCACUGGGAGUCUUCCCUUUGCACCAUAUGGAGGACCCCGCAGGAACAAGCCCACCAUGUACAAAAUAACUACAGAGAAGCCUAUGGGGGCAAUAGCUGGAAUACAGCGAGUGGAGGGCGGGCCUAUAGAGUGGAGCUACCACCUACCUCACAGCUGCCAACUCUCACAGGGUCUGACGGUACAACUGGUUCCAAUACUAGCGGGUAUACUGGAGGCUGACCAGGAGAGGUGUUGGGGUUUUGACCAGUUCUUCACAGCUACUACAGAUAUACUGCAGCGGCAGCCAGUUCACCUCUUCUCUCUGCAACAGGCCAUGGCACAUUGCAUCUACAUACACCACCACAACACGGUGUCAAUGUUCUUUGAGGAGGUGGCGUCUCAGAUUGGUAUGGCAGUUACGCUGCAACAUCUGCUGUACCUUGGUAACGAACUCCCUCUGGAAGGCAACAUGAAGGUGGUAAACCUGCCGCGUACUUCACAUGACAGGCCCUUCAUUCUGCUCAGCAACGGGUCUGAAGCAAAUACCAGCCUGCCCUUCAGAGAACCCGAGACUCCAGUGAUCCCAUCCCGGUUUGAUGUUAUGGCAGACUACAACUUCGCCAAGGUUGUAGUGGGAGUGAUCCACCAGUAUCUGAGAAUAGUACAGUUGCUGCACACAGACAGAGAGCUGCUUCUGGAAGGAUACUACAGCUAUAUGAUGAGGUUGCGUAGGGAGUGUGAAGAAGCAAUCCACAGUAUCACAAUGAUCACCAUUAGACUGCAGUCUUGCCUCAGCGUGGAACACAGGACUCACACACUUGGCCAUUAUGAUUCAGAAAACCAAGGAUCAACUGAUGGCAGGCAAAAGCUGCAUCAGGUACGUGAGCACUUGCCUAUAUACGCUGCAGGGAUCCAAGAGUUUCAGAGCCGACUGGACCAUCUGCAGAUAGAACAGGCCAAGCUAGCAGAGACACUGGCCAAUGACAAGAGCUGUCACAAGAUGGAGAUGCUGCUGCAAAAGAUAACCGCAAUUCAUCAGCAUUAUCGUAAAGACCGAUUAACUGGCAAGUUGGCAUAUAACGAUGAGCAAAUCCACAAAUUUGAGAAAAUCCACCUGUCGUCCCACAUUAAGAGAGUGAAAUCUCUGCUUAGAGAGGACUGCGUGCAGAGAUACAAAGAGCUUUUGGCCUCAACAAGGAUGUGGAGCAGUGUUUUACUGGAGAUGCAGACCAGACUGCAGGACUUCAGCUCUUUCGCCACAGGCUUGUUGGCAGACCUGGAGAUGAGUGAGCAGCACCAAAAUAAGGCUCUGGACAGAAUCCUGUUCACUCUGCAGUCCAAGCGAACGGGACAACAGCCUGAAAUUGCCCUGAGGGACAAGGACCAGAUGGUCUCUAGAAUGCACCAUCUGAAGGAGGAAAUGGAGAUUUUGGUGAGGGAACUACAGUGUAACAACAGCAUUAUUGAGAGUCUGGGAACAGUGAGCCCUGCAGCAGCACUGGAGCCGAACUUGGCCAGACCUUCUACACUGUGACAAAAGUGCUGCAUCUUAACUCAAAAACCCACACACUCUCUAGUUUUUACUGCCCCCCAUGAACAGCUAUGGACCAUGUACUGGGUUUACUUUCAAGGACCGACUGAAGCCCCGUGCUGUAACAAGUGGAAGUAGCUGAAGACAAAUCAAUACGUGUGAAUCUCAAUUUAGAGAUAAGAGGCCCACAAGUGUGUGUGUGUGUGUGUGUGUGUGUGUGUGUGUGUGUGUGUGUGUGUGUGUGUGUGUGUGUGUGUGUGUGUGUGUGUGUGUGUGUGUGUGUGUGUGUGUGUGUGUGUGUGUGUGUGUGUGUGUGUGUGUGUGUGUGUGUGUGUGUGUGUGUGUGUGUGUGUGUGUGUGUGUGUGUGUGUGUGUGUGUGUGUGUGUGUGUGUGUGUGUGUGUGUGUGUGUGUGUGUGUGUGUGUGUGUGUGUGUGUGUGUGUGUGUGUGUGUGUGUGUGUGUGUGUGUGUGUGUGUGUGUGUGUGUGUGUGUGUGUGUGUGUGUGUGUGUGUGUGUGUGUGUGUGUGUGUGUGUGUGUUGAGUACAGCAGGUCAAUACAAACGUCAUUAAUGCCUUUUAGUGUUAUUGUAUUUCUAAUAGGCUGCCACAGGAUACAGCAAAAAGAAUUCAUAGUCAGCUGCCAGAGUAUUUUUCUUCAGGCUGUUUAUUUUUUGUCCCGCAGAAGAAGCGCACUGCAAACUCUGGAGAACCUAAAAUGAUUAAUUUAACCAGUCUGACACUAUAUUUCUCUGUCUGUGUAUGUCUCUCUCUUAUGUUUGUGGAAGGCUUAAGACGCUGGCUGUCUUUUUCCUAAUGGUUGAUCGUUCAAAUGGUUUCAUGUGACUUUAUUUAUAGGUUUACCUAAAGUACAUCAUUGUAAAUUCAGCGUAAUAGCUUACAUCAUUGUCAGCCUUUCCAAGCACACAGAACUGUCAUUUUCAUCUGUAUCUCUUCCUGCUGAUGUUUUAAUGUGAAUGAGGACUUAUUUCUUUGUAUUUGAUCAUGGGUUUCAUUGUAAACGAGAAGUUAGGUACUCUUGGUACUCACCACAGUGUCUCCGUUCAACAGAAGUACACAGUCCAGAUAGUACAGCAAAUUAACAGCUAGAAAAAAAUGACAUUAGCCAGUUUGGCUCAUGCGGUGGGGAAAUCCCAGGAUUUGUUUAUAAAGGGGUGACAGUUGAGAAAAAAAGAAAAGAGAAAAAAAAAAAAUAUAUAUAUAUAUAUAUAUAUACGCUUUUACUAUAAACUUUUUUUGCCAUAUUUUAAUCUCUUUUGUUUUGUCUUGAUAAAUAAUAUCUCCAUUGAGGAUGUAAUGCAAGGUGAAAGUAAAAACUAUUUCAUGUCCCCCUUUAAUAUGUUUUAGCCUCAACCUACCUCAUGUUCUGAAAAGUCAGUACAAUCACGAAUGACUUUGACAACAGUAGAUUAUCAUAUUCAGUCUGUAGUAAAAUUACUUUAACAAUAAAUAUGUUGUGGGAAGGUACAAUUUAGCUGGGAAUAUGAAAGGUCACAGAAACAAGUGCGCUGUUGUGACACUGCAAAGUACAGAGAAUGAAAUUGAAAGUUCUUCACUCAAUCUGAGUAGGAGUGGUGUGGGUGUCCUCAGGGGCUUUCUCAGUUUAGUGAGGGGAACAAGCACAACUGCCUCUGUGGUUUUAUGCAGCUCAUGUGACAUGCUCAUGGCAAAGUGGAACAUUUGAUAACUUUCCUGUUCCUAGCCUACACAAACAAGUGUCACAUUGUGUUUGUAUCACUGUUCUACAUCAUAGCAAUAUUCAAUAUGUUCUGUUUCAUCCCUACUGUUGUCUAGUUUUAACUGAGACAACUCUUCUGCCUGAGUCCUCUUAACACCUAAAAGUAAUCGAUAACAGUCUACAAACAAUAAUUUUACACAUUUUUGGACUUUCCAUUGUCAGAAUCAGGUACUAUAUGUCAAAGACGAUUCUCUUUAAUAUGUUUGCCGUACCACAGUCAAAACAUUGCAAUACAUUUUAAAUGUAAAAAAAAAAAGUGAUUUAAAAGAAGCUACUGAUUCUGCAAGUCAUAUCCCAUUAAAAGUCUUAUCCCUUCUUAAA